GUUGAAGACAGAUAUGACUUCAGUGUAGCCUGAAAACACAUGGCUUAGCAUGAUGAAUGUUAUUUGAAUACCCCCCACCGCAGCAGCUCAUUGUUCAUGGAUUUGCAUCUCUGGUUGAAGAGGCUGACACACUUUGAUCAUUUAUCUUGUAAAGGUGUUAAUCCCAGGCUACACAGUGAGGAAGUAAGGAGGUUAAGAAGAUAACCAUUGCGGAUUUCAUGAUGGUGUCUAACAACUCAGCACUCUUCUCCUCUGACUGUUCUACUUUCAACCUUGGGGCCGUAAAAGUGGCUGUCUCGUACCUUUUCUUCAUCAUGUUCCCCGUUGCGUUACUGCUCAAUGGGGUAGCAGCGUGGGUGUCUUUUCACCUCCGGUCCACCACCACCUUCAUAGUAUAUCUCAAAAACCUGGUGGCUGCUGACCUGCUCAUGACAAUGACACUACCAGCGAUAGCAGCUAGCAUGCUACCUGAAGCAGCAGUUGAAUUAAGAGUGUUUGCUUGCCGUUACUCUUAUGUCAUUUUCUACUGCUGUUUGUACACCAGUAUUGCUUUAAUGGGUCUUAUCAGCCUUGACCGCUUCUUCAAAAUUGUUAGACCAUGGGGAAAGAUGUUAGGACAAAACAUGGCCUUCAGUCUUGUAAUGUCCACCUUGGUUUGGGUGGUGUUAUUUGGCUUUACAGUUAUCCCAACUAUCAUUCUAACUGACCAGGAUCCCGUUAAUAUAACAGAUGAUUUCUGUAUGUCCCUGAAAAGUCCAGCUGGUCUGACUCUUCACAAGUAUGUGGUUCUGUCGAUGGAGAUUCUUUUCUGGCUUGUCAGCAUACUGAUCGUGUUUUGCUACAUCUGCAUCACCCUGAAAGUCCUGCAGUCCUACAGAAACUCUGGGAGCAACAACAGCCACGGAAAGAAGAAGACCAAGCUCCGAGUCUUCUUGAUCCUUCUUGUGUUUUUUAUGUGUUUUGUGCCUCUUCACGUGAUGCGUAUUCCAUUCACACUAUAUGAAAUCCUUGGCAUUGAUGGCUGCGCUCAAAUGUGGGUGAUAGUCCAUAAAUUAGUCCUGUGGGUCUCUACCACUAACGCCUGCCUGGACCCUCUUCUCUACAUCUACCUGUGUAGGGAGUACAGAGACAAACUGGUUGACAUGAUGAAAGCUAGAGGGAUCUGUGUUGGGUUAUAUUCAGGUAAAAGAGCGGAGACUUCACAGUAGAAAGACGUCAUUUAUUAGUCAGCAAAUGUUGGUUGAAAUGAAGUUAGAGACAAAUAAGAUGUCCUCAGUCACAAAUUAGACUGUUGUUUUAUUUUAUGGGUUGACAAACAUAAAUAACUUAGGAAGCAGAAGAGCCUUAGUAGUCUUACAGUAACUUUUGAUCUUUAGAUUUUAUGUUGUACUGCCCUCUAGUGUCCUAAUGAGGAUUAGCAUAUAUUAACGGUAAAUGUCCACUAAGAGAAACAAGGUAGAAACAUGGAGAAAAGAAAAAAAAAAAAACAUAUGAGAAAUAUGAUGUAAAUUUCAUUUCAAAAAUACACUAUGCACAGGUAUUUUACUGUUCUAAAUUAAGUGGGUUCAACCAUUUGGACAGACAAAUUUUAUGUUAAAUCUCAGUGGUCAUGUUUCAGAACAGUUUGUCUUUUUUAUGAAAGUACAUUUUAUUUCCCACAUUGAGGUGUUGUUGGGAGACGUAUAUCAAUAAAUUUGAGUGUGAAGUCAUGUUUCGUUUUUCUGUGAUGGGGUCACCGCAGAUACAGUCUAACCAUUAGCCAAUUGUCUCAUUAAUGAUGUAACUCAGUCUUGUCUCCCGUUGGUUUUUUCAGGGGAAUUUAAAUGAACUGUAUAAUGAAACAAUAUAGUAGAAACAGGGGCUCCCUGUUUUUACUGCACAAAACAACAAUAUAAUUGCAUCCUAUAAAAGUUUAGCCUAUUAUUUCAAAGGAUAAAAUAAAUGGUAACAUAAAUCUUUCCACAACAUUUCUCAUAAAUCCUGCAUCCAAAUUUAAUAAAUUCCCUGAAAAAGAGCAUUGCUCAGUUGCCAAAAAUGAAUUUCUUUUAUUUGAAUACAUGUUAUAUUCAG